AUAAUGAACACGUGUAAAAAUGAAUUUUCACUAGAAUGUUUCACUCUGCGGCACACAAAUCCACAUAUCUUUGUAAUUUCGCAGUGGCAAAAACAGUGCUCGGGCAGUUUCAUCUAUGUUGUCUACAGGUGGACAGUGGCUAUGUUUUUCGUUAUUACUCUAUUCUUGUCUUAUGUGGAAAACUCGAACAAGCCAGCUUCACACCAAGCAAUGUUUUUUAUCUAUUUCACAAACUGGGCUUACAUUAUGUCUACAUUUCAAGCAAUUGUCAUCGCUAUUCUAACUACUUGUGUUUAUAGAAGGCUACUUAAGAAUUCAAGAUUGAGUAGUGUUAACUUGACAUGUUAUCAACUUUAUUGGCUGAACAAUAUCGUCUCAACUGAUGUUGCCUUUUUGGUAACGAUUCUGUACUGGACCUUUAUUUACGACCCGAAAGUGGAUGUUCUAAGUUUGGCGAACAUUUGUAGCCAUGCAACUAAUUCUGUGGUGACGAUGGUAGACUUAUUUGUCGUAGCUCAUCCAGUUCGGCUACUACACGGUUUCUACCCGGGUGUGUUUUUAAUAAUUUAUGGUUUGUUCAGUGCUAUGUAUUAUGUGUGUGGUGGUCGUGAUAAAAACGGAUACAUAUACAUCUACAAUUUUUUGGAUUGGAGAAAACCGUGGUGUACUUUUGGGAUAUGUAUGGGGCUCGUUGUUAUUGUGAAUAUCUUGCAUAGUAUCGUCUGGUUGUUGUAUCAGCUCAGAAAAUGGAUUCAUUUGAAAUAUUGUACUCCAGAAGAAGAUGACACACAUGGACGUAAUGCAAUAGAAGACGAAGAUGCGGGAAAAUUUUUAAAUCAUAAAGUGAACGUUAAUUUAAAUCUUUUUGAACAUAAAUAAACUGAAAGGCCAAAGGUUAUUUUCCUUUCCAAUUAU